AUGUCGCGAAAACAGCCACUCCGCCCGAAAUCCCGGGACGAAUUCGAGAUCGCAAUCAUCUGUGCUCUUACGCCUGAGACUGACGCUGUUCUGGCCCUGUUUGAUCACCAUUGGGACGAAGAUAAAGACAACCAAUCUUUCGCAAAGGCCGCUCGUGACCCGAACGCAUACUCAUUUGGCGUUAUUGGGCAGCAUAGUGUGGUCCUGGCACAUCUCCCUGGUACGGGCAAGGCUGCAGCGGGCAAUGUUGCAGCCUUCUGCCGUAUGAGUUAUCCGGGUAUCACUUUGGCACUUGUUGUAGGGACUUGUGGUGGAGUACCAUUCUAUGGUAAAACGAAAGAGGAGAUCCUGCUCGGAGACGUGAUCAUCAGCACUGGUGUUGUACAAUAUGAUCUCGGCAGACGAUUUCCAGACAAAUUCAAAACGAAAGAUACUCCAGAGGACAGUCUUGGAAGGCCGAGUCUUGAAAUUAGAUCCCUCUUGGCAAAGCUGAAGACAAAGAGAGAGCACGGAAGAUUACAAAUUGCAACUCAGAAACAUCUUCAGGAGGUGCUAGAGCAAACCUACAAUUUGAUUGACCACCCGGAGGGUAUGCCCGACAAUCUCUUCCCAACAGAUUAUCGCCACAAGCACCAAGAGCCUACACAAUGUACUAUCUGUGCUACCUGUAACGGAAUGCCAGACCCUGUAUGCGAUGUUGCUCUUGGUUCGAGUUGCAAAGAGCUCGAAUGUGAUCGCAAACAGCGUGUCUUACGCGGUCGGUUGGGCGAGGUUGAAAGCUAUAACGAGGAAAUAUCCAUCGGCCUCAAUAGUGAAACUUUUCUUCCAAUGAUUCACUUCGGGAAGUUCGGUUCAGGGGACUCGGCGGUAAAGUCAGGGGAAUAUCGUGACCAACUCGCGACCACCCAUGACGUUGUAGGGUUUGAAAUGGAGAGUGCUGGGGUUUGGGAACUUUUCCCAACUGUUGUCAUCAGGGGCGUGUCUAAUUAUGCCGAUUGUCACAAGAAUGGCAAUUGGCAGGUCUUUGCUGCUGCAUCUGCAGCUGCAUGUACUAAAGCGUUUCUCAAACACUGGGAAUCAACAAAACAAGAAAGCAGAUCAGAAACAGAAGGACAUAUGCUUGGCGAGGCUGUUACCAACAAUCUUCGUUUCUCGGAAAUCAAUGAAACGAUAGAUAACCCUACGCCUCCAGCCUCGACCAUAUGUUAA